AUGCUGAGAAAAUUUCGAGAAAAACAAAAUCAUGAAAAUAGUGAAAUAUCCGUUGAACAAAAACAAGAAAGUAGUGAAAUAUCCGAUGAACAAAAACAUAAAAGCAGUGAAUUACCCGACGAAGCGUUCUUUUUUAUUAUGUUCCUUAUAACCAAAAUACAAGAAAAAGAAAAAGAAAUCGCUGCAAAAAACCAUGAAAUCAAUAAACUGAAACCGGCAAUUGAACAAAAUGACUCAGUUGAACAAAAUGAACCAGUUGAACAAAAUGAACCAGUUGAACAAAAUGAACCAGUUGAACAAAAUGAACCA